CUUGAUCCACUCGCACGCUUGUGUCUGUCUGCGUGAUAAGCGCAUGUGCGUGGAAGUGUGCGUGUAUAUGCAUGCGCGCGUGUGUGCGUGGAGAGGGCAGAUACAGUAGAAAGUCGGCAGUGUUCUUCCACAUAAAGCGAGCAAGAGUUGAACUUGGUGCCAUGGCGUGCGGACCACUUCUUUCUGGGUCACCCGGAGCGUUUUAAAAAAAACCAAAAAACCCGGAAAAGUCAGCUUUGUUCUACAAGCGUUUUUGUGCACGAGGAAUAGCAACAAAGAACGCGAGCGCGCAUUCAUGGGUCGCGACUUUGACAGGUUUCGCCUGUAACUUUAUUUAUUUUUAUUUUUUUAUUUUUAUUUUUUUAAACCGACGAUUCGCGAGGAGAUCAUGGCCGAGGCGGCUCUCCCCGACGUGGCCAUCGACCCGGAUUUCGAGCCGCAGCAGCGGCCCAGAUCGUGCACCUGGCCCCUUCCACGCCCGGACUCCGGCGCCGUGAAGCCGGAGAGCAACGACAUCAUCCCCGAGGAGGAGGACGACGAGGAGGACGGCGCGAACCAGCAUAUGGCGGUCGGUGGGAACGCGUCCGACCGGAGCAGCAACAGCCCGCUCCCCGACGGCGCGCUCUCCUCCCCCGGGCAGGAGAGCGGAGGCUCGCCGCGUUCCGCGCACUCUCCCUCGGCCGCCUCCGGCGCGCUCACCCCCAGCGGCUUGGCCGUCCAGCAGACCCCGAGGAAGGCGUCGUCUCGCCGGAACGCCUGGGGGAACCUCUCCUACGCCGACCUCAUCACCAAGGCCAUCGACAGCGCCCCGGACAAGAGACUGACGCUGUCGCAGAUUUACGAGUGGAUGGUGAGAUCCAUCCCCUACUUUAAGGACAAAGGAGACAGCAACAGCUCUGCAGGAUGGAAGAACUCCAUCCGCCACAACCUGUCCCUGCACAGCCGUUUCAUCCGUGUCCAGAACGAGGGCACAGGCAAGAGUUCCUGGUGGAUGAUCAAUCCUGACGGAGGAAAGGGCGGCAAAGCCCCUCGCCGCCGCGCCGUCUCCAUGGACAACAGCAACAAAUACACCAAGUCGGCGCGUGGCCGUGCCGCCAAGAAAAAGGCGGCCCUGCAGGCUGCGGCUGCCGCGGCCGGCGAAGGCGGCGCCGACAGUCCCUCCGGCCUGUCCAAAUGGCCGGGGAGCCCGACCUCGCGAAGCAGCGAGGAGCUGGACGCCUGGACAGACUUCCGCUCCCGCACCAACUCCAACGCCAGCACUCUAAGCGGCCGCCUGUCCCCCAUCCUAGCCAACCCGGAGCUGGACGAGGUUCCGGAUGACGAGCCGCCUCUCUCGCCGAUGCUCUACGCCAGCCCCGGCAGGGCUUUGUCCCCGGGGAACGCGGCCAACGUGCCCAACGGAAAGGCCGUCCCCGCGGAGCUGCCUCGUCUGGCGGACCUGGCUGGUACCAUGAACCUGAAUGACGGCAUCACAGAUGACAUGAUGGACGAAUUGCUGGAUAACAUCAACUUGGUGCCAACCACUCCGGGACAAGUACCUUUAAACGGCUCCUCAGGGUUCGCUUUUGUACCCAAAACCAACGGGCUGAUCUCGCCGUCCCCGGCUCCCGCCCCCGCCUCCAACUCUCCGUCCAACGGCGGCGGUAACUUCAGCAACUCCAUCUUCGGCCCGCACGCGCCGGGCUCCUCCCUGCGUCCGGCGCCCAUGCAGACCAUCCAGGAGAACAAGCAGACGUCCUUCUCCGGCAUCGGCACUUCGCGCUUCGGGAGCGUGAUGCUGCAAGACCUCCUCAACUCGGACAGCCACAUCCCCAGCGACGUCAUGAUGACGCAGUCGGACCCGCUGAUGUCGCAAGCCAGCGCCGCCGCCGUGGUUUCCCAGAACUCGCGCCGCGGCCUCAUGCUCCGAAACGAUCCCAUCAUGACGUUCGGAACCGGCGGCGGACUUCAGGGCAGCCAGGGGGAGAUGGUCCAGAGCAACAACCACAACCAGAGCGCCGUGAGGUCCAUGAACAGAGGUCUGAAUCUGACCAACGAAGUGAACUCUCUGGCCAAACAGCAGCUCCUUCUCUCGCCCGUGGGGGUCAACGGCUCCUCCUCCAUGCAGAUUGACACCUCCAUCUUCUUGAACGGAGCGGUGAGCGGCACCGGGGGGCUCUGCCAGGACCGCUUCCCCACAGAUCUGGACCUGGACAUGUUUAACGGCAGCCUGGAGUGUGACAUGGACUCUAUCAUCAGGAACGAGCUGAUGGACGCCGACGGCCUGGACUUUAACUUUGACUCACUGGCGAACAUGAACGGCGUUGCCGGCUUCACGGCCACCAAGCAGGCGUCUCAGAGCUGGGUGCCCGGUUGAGGAGCUUCCCCGUGGAGCAGGUCCGAACUGUGUACUGCAGGAGGAACAAAAAUCCAGACCCGCACUCUUUUUAUUUGCCAAAAGCAGCCAUCAGCACAUCAAAUACCAACCUUGUGUUUACAGAGGAAGACUUGUCGAGAGCUUUAACGCUUUGCUCCAAAGCCCCGCCACUUACCCUCCAGAUCUCUCAUGACCCCCCCCCCACCCACCCGCUCCUUCGCCGACGAGGCGGGAAAAGGCCCGACGAGACUUCUCGGGGGGGGAAAAAAGCCUCCUCCAAAAAAAACAUAAAAGUGGCGGAAUUAUGCGAGUGGCCGCGAAUGAGACAUCAGAUGGAGGCGGACAAAUGGCGUGCUGCAAGUCUUGUCUUGUGUUUUCCUCCUUGAUUGAAAUGUUUUUGUUUGUUUUCUGACCUAUAAUCGCUUCUACGUGGACAUGAGUUAGCGAUGGAACGCCGCGCACGUCCACUUUUGAAUUUGAAGGGCGUUUGUGUCCGACGGCGGAAGGAUACAGGAAGAAAAAUAGUCCCUUUGUGGGUGUUUGUGUGCAGCGCGAGAAGGCUUUUAAAAUGAUACAUGUAUGAUGUAGCGAAAAAAAAAGGGGGGGGGGGGCAUUUCCACAGCAUUACAGGUGCUAUGUAAACAGUGUUGACUUUGUCAUUGUGUGCACCCACCUCCGCCUCCACAAGCCCACAGCCACUCGGGGCGGGGGCGAGGCUGACCCCGUGCAGGGUGGGGUUCGGAAGUCAUUUAUUUCUCCAGUUAAACAAUAAGCUCUUUUAUUCUGUACGUUGCCAAAUGACUUGAAUCCCGCAGUAGGAUAUGCUGGCGGCGCUCAUGUCCACAGUUUAUCACACUCAGUCAGGGUAAAUAUUGACAACACGGAAACAAUAGCAGGUGUUGUUUGUGUGGCUCUGUAUGCCCAAUAUGUCGGAACACUCAGGGGGAAGGGCGGAGGGCGACGUGUAUUCUUGUAUCUUUCGUUCAAAUUCACAUUUCCUGGAUUCAAAUGUCAUUUUGUGAACUUGUAACCUGUGAACUUCUCUGGCCGUCAAGAAGCCAAGAAGCGGAAGGACGAUGUGGUUGGAUUUCAACCUUUUUGUUGUUUAUGAAAUGUUUUGCCGGCUACGAAGGAGUAUUGAGGCCUCACGGGAAAGAAAAAUAUCGUAUUUCCUUGAAUUGCCGCAGGCUAUAUAGUAUGCGCCUGCCUUGAAUUACCGCCUGGUCAAACUCGUGACACUUCCCCUGUCAUCAUUUUCAAAAUGGAGGAGGCUGAUUUCAAUACCGGUAAUUUGAAAUCGCAUAAAGGGAAGAAGAUUAAGAGUUAUUCAGUAGGCUUUAAGGUCCAAGUUUACAUCACAUUCAAUUUUUUACUGCAUGCCUUUGGUAAGUGCCGGAGUGAGAAGAGGUUUUAAUUUAAUUAGCACCUCGGCGGCAAUUCAAGGAAAUACUGUAUACAAAUAUAAUCCCACGGGAAGAGAGUAAAGUCAUAAUCUUGCAAUGGGAACCAUGUUUUGUUUAGAUAAAACGAGCAUAAAUGUGUUUCAAAGUAUUAUUUAUUGAUCUUACCUGAUGACCUCGGACUUUAUUCUCAUAAGUGUCAUCAACAUCUGGCCGAAUAUUACGCCGAAUGUUUGAUGACUUUUAAAAGAAAAAAUACUUUUUUUACUACUUCCUGCAAGAGUACAGUUUUUUUUGAAAGAAAUGCAACUUUUAGGUCGAGUAAAAUUAUGAUUUUUUUCCCCUUUUUAGAUAGGAGCUUUAUUUUCUUAAAAAAGAAAAAAAAAAGUAUUCUCAUGUGACUUUUUUUGCUUGUAAAAUUACAACUUUUUUUUAAAAAAGUAAAGAAAAAUACUUCUCAUGGAUUCUUUUUCCAAACGAAAAACAAAAAUAAAACAGACCUCGUAUAUUUGACUUUUUUGUUUAUAAAAUUACAACUUUUUAUUUUUUUUUAAAAGACACCACUUUUGGACUUUAUUUUUCCAAAAUUAUGUUUUAUCCAAAAUUUACUUUAUCUUGCAAAAUUGUUUUUUUUUAUAUAUAAACUGAUUCUUUCUUAGUUUUUAACCUCAAACAUAACACUCGUCCCAUAAUUGUGAUGUAUUUCUUAUCAGAGCAAUACUUUUUCAUCUUCAAAAAUAAACUAAACAUUCUUGAAAGAUUAUAAUCAAGUUUUUGCUUAAAAUUUUUCUUUAAUUGUUUUAUUUACCGCAAAAAUAUGUUUUUAAUCAUAUUCUGCCAUUUUCUUUUUUUUUUUUUCUUUUUUAGAUUUUACUCAUGCAGGAUUACAAGCUUUUAUCCAAAAAUUUGCAAUACCCUGACUUUCUCAAACAUAUUACUAUAAAAUAUUCCUGAAAGUUUACCAUCCAUCCAUCCAUCCAUUUUCUACCUCUUAUUCCCUUUUGGGGUCGCGGGGGGCGCUGGCGCCUAUCUCAGCUACAAUCGGGCGGAAGGCGGGCUACACCCUGGACAAUUAAGUCGCCACCUCAUUCCAGGGCCAACACAGAUAGACAGACAACAUUCACACUCACUUUCACACACUAGGGCCAAUUUAGUGUUGCUUCUUAAAAAAAUGUUUUAAAACUCUUUCAAGAUUACAAAAUGUGACUUGCUUUUAUCAUCUUUUUUAAACUCAUAGAUACAGAUUUAUUAUCAUAAAAUUAAGACUGUUUUUUUUAAUUAUUUUUUUUAUUUAAAUAUUGCAAGAUUACAACGUUUUCUCCAAAAAUGAAAUUAACUUUGACCUAAUAAGAUUAUGAUUUUUUUCUAAAUAAUACAACUGAUUAUAUUUGACUUGCACGGUUAUGACUUUCUCUAAAACAUAAAUAAAUGAAAAACAAUACUUAAGUUUAAUACAGCUUUCUCUAUAAAAAAAAAAACUUUUUGUAAGAUUAUCACUUUUUCUCAAAUAAUGUUCCACAUCACUCUUGCAAGGUUUUGACUUUUUCUGUAAAAAAAAAAUACAUGACAUGCAAAAUUUGAGUUGACUUUAUGUUUGCAAGAUUAAGACCUCUUCUCCAAAAAUCGGACUUUAUUUUAUACGAUUCGGACUUUUCCGAAAAAAUUUAUUUUUUCCUAAAUACUUUAUUUUUGCAAGAUAAAGACCUCUUCUCAAAAAAAUCCAACCUUAUUUUACACGAUUUAGACUUUUCUUUUAAAAAAAAAAUGUUUUGAGUACAUUAUUCCGGCAAGAUUAAGACCUGUUCUCAAAAAAAUCAGACUCUAUCUUUUACAGUAUUUACUUUUACGAAAAAAAGAAAAAAAAAGUACUCUAUUGUUGCAAGAGUAAGACCUCUUUUCAAAAAAUCCGACAUUAUCUUAUGAUUUUGACUUGUCUUGCAAAAACUAAAUACUUAAAAAAAAAUGUUUUAGGAGGAGUCAAUAUAUUUGACAUUUCCUUCAAAAAAAAUGUUUUAAGUACUUUACUCUUGCAAGAUUAAGACCUCCUCUCAAAAAAAUCCGACCUCAUUUUAUACGAUUUUGACUUAUCCUAAAAAAAAUAAAAUAAUUUUAAGUACAUCAUUCUUGCAAGAUUAAGUCCUCUUCUCCAAAAAUCUGACUUUAUUUUAUACGAUUUUGACUUUUCCUAAAAAAAAAAAAAAAAAAAAAUUUCAUAAGUACUUUAUUUUUGCAAGAUAAGACCUCUUCUACAAAUAUUUGACUUUAUUUUAUACGAUUAUGACUUUUCCUAAAAAAAAAUAUUUCUUAAGUACUUUAUUUUUGCAAGAUUAAGACCUCUUCUCCAAAUAUCUGACCUUAUUUUAUACGUUUUUGACUUUUCCUAAAAAGAAAAAUGUUUAAGUACUUUAUUCUUGCAAGAUUAAGACUUCUUCUUAAAUAAAUCUAACUUUAUGUUAUUCGGUUUUGACUUUCCCUAAAAAAAAUAAUUGAAAAAAAGUGCUUUGUUCUUGCAAGAUUAGAAAACCUCCAAAAAUCUGACAUUAUCUUAUGAAUUUGAUUUAUCUUUAAAAAAAAAAAACGGAUUUUAUUCUUGCAAGAUUAAGGCCUCUUCUUAAAAACAUCUGACUUUAUCCAAUAUGAUUUUGACUUUGUUUAAAAAAUAAAGUUUUUAAGUACUUUAUUCUUACAAGAUUAAGACCUCUUGUCAAAAAAUCCGACAUUAUUUUGUAAGAUUUUGACUUUUCCUAAAAAAAAUAAAUUCAAAACAAAAAAAAAUACUUUACUUUUGCAAGAUUAAGACCUCCUCUCAAAAAAAUCCAACCUCAUUUUAUACGAUAUUUUUUUUUCCUAAAAAAAUUAUAAAUUUUUUAAGUACAUCAUUCUUGCAAGAUUAAGACCUCUUCUCAAUAAAUCCGACAUUAUUUUUACGAUUUUGACUCAUCUUUAAAAAAAAAAAACGAUUUAUUUUCACGAUUUUGACUUUUCUUUAAAAAAAAAAAAAGUACUUUACUCUUGCAAAAUUAACCCCUCUCCUCAAAAAAAAUCCAACCUUAUUUUAUACGAUUUUGACUUUUCACGAAAAAAAUAAAUAAAUGUGAGUACUUUACUCUUGCAAGAUUAAGAUCGCCUCUGAAAAAAUCUGAAUUUAUUUUAUAUGAUUUAGACCUUUCCUAAAAAAAAAGGCAAUUAAGUACUUUAUUCUUACAAGAUUAAGACCUCUUUUUUAAAAAAAAAUCCAACCUUAUUUUACACGAUUUAGACUUUCCUAAACAAAAAUGUUUUGAGUACUUAAUUCUUGCAAGAUUAAGACGUCUUCUCAACAAAUCCAACAUUAUCCUAUACAAUUUAGACUUUUCCUAAAAAAAAACAAAAAAAGUACUUUACUUUUGCAAGAUUAAGACCUUUUCUCAAAAAUCCGACUUCAUCUUAUACGAUAUUGACUUUUACGUUAAAAAAAAAAAUUAAAUACAUCAUUCUUGCCAGAUUAAGACCUCUUCUCCCAAAAAACUGACAAUUUUAUACGAUUUUGACUUCUCCUUAAAAAAAAAAAAAAAAUUCUUAAAUACUGCUGGACGAAGUGGUUGGGGAGAGGGAAGUCUGGGCUUCCCUGCUUAGGCUGCUGCCCCCGCGACCCGACCUUGGAUAAGCGGAAGAAGAUGGAUGGAUGGACUUUAUUUUUGCAAGAUUAAGACCUCUUCUCAAAAAAAUCCAACCUUAUUUUACACGAUUUUGACUUUCCUAAAAAAAAAAAAAAAUGUUUUAAGUACUUUCUUCUUGCAAGAUUAAAACCUCUUCUCAACAAAUCCGACAGUAUCCCAUACGAUUUAGACUUUCCCUAAAAAAAAACAAAAAAAGUACAUUACUUUUGCAAGAUUAAGACCUCUUCUCAAAAAAUCUGUCUUUAUUUUAUACAAUAUUGACUUUUGCGAAAAAAAAUGUUUAAGUACAUCAUUCUUGCAAGAUUAAGACCUCUUCUAAAGAAAAAUCAGACUUUAUCUUAUACGAUAUUGACUUCUACGAGAAAAAAAUGUAAGUACAUCAUUCUUGCAAGAUUAAGACCUCUUCUCUAAAAAAUCUGACGAUUUUAUACGAUUUUGACUUCUCCUUAAAAAAAAAAAUUCUUAAAUACUGCUGGACUUAGUGGUUGGGGAGAGGGAAGUCUGGGCUUCCCUGCUUAGGCUGCUGCCCCUGCGACCCGACCUUGGAUAAGCGGAAGAAGAUGGAUGGAUGGACUUUAUUCUUGCAAGAUUAAGACCUCUUCUCAAAAAAAUCCAACCUUAUUUGACACAAUUUAGACUUUCUGAAAAAAAAAAUAAAGUUUUGAGUACUUUAUUCUUGCAAGAUUAAGACCUCUUCUCAACAAAUCCAACAUUAUCCUAUAUGAUUUAGACUUUUCCUAAAAAAAAAAAAAGUACAUUACUUUUGCAUGAUUAAGCCUUCUUCUCAAAAAAUCUGACUUUAUCUUAUACGAUAUUGACUUUUACGGAAAAAAAUAAAAAAUUAAGUACAUCAUUCUUGCAAGAUUAAGACCUCUUUUCCAAAAAAUCUGACAUUUCUAUACGAUUUUGACUUCUCCUUAAAAAAAAAAAAAUUCUUGAAUACUGCUGGACGAAGUGGUUGGGGAGAGGGAAGUCUGGGCUUCCCUGCUUAGGCUGCUGCCCCCGCGACCCGACCUUGGAUAAGCGGAAGAAGAUGGAUGGAUGGACUUUAUUCUUGCAAGAUUAAGACUUCUCCAAAAAAUCCAACCUUAUUUUACACGAUUUUGACCUUCCUAAAAAAAAAAAAUAGUUUUAAAUACUUUCUUCUUGCAAAAUUAAAACCUCUUCUCUACAAAUCCGUUAGUACCCCAUACGAUUUAGACUUUUCCUAAAAAUAAAAAAAAAAGUACAUUACUUUUGCCAGAUUAAGACCUCUUCUCAAAAAAUCCGUCUUUAUCUUAUACGAUAAUGACUUUUAGGGGAAAAAUCUUUUUAAGUACAUCAUUCUUGCAAGAUUAAGACUUCUUCUAAAGAAAAAUCAGACUUUAUCUUAUACGAUAUUGACUUCUACGAGAAAAAAAGGUUUAAGUACAUCAGUCUUGCAAGAUUAAGACCUCUUCUCCAAAAAAAUCGGACAAUUUUAUAUGAUUUUGACUUCUCCUUAAAAAAAUAAUUCUUAAAUACUGCUGUACUUAGUGGUUGGGGAGAUUGAAGUCUGGGCUUCCCUGCUUAGGCUGCUGCCCCCGCGACCCGACCUUGAAUAAGCGGAAGAAGAUGGAUGGAUGGACUUUAUUUUUGCAAGAUUAAAACCUCUUCUCAAAAGAAUCCAACCUUAUUUUACACAAUUUAGACUUUCCUGAAAAAAAAAAGUUUUGGGUACUUUAUUUUUGCAAGAUUAAUACCUCUUAUCAAAAAAAUCCAACCUUAUUUUACACGAUUUUGACUUUCCUAAAAAAAAAAAAAAAUGUUUUAAAUAUUUUCUUCUUGCAAGAUUAAAACCUCUUCUCAACAAAUCCGACAGUAUAGACUUUUAAUAAAUGAAUAAAAAAAUUAUAUUUUUUUCUUGUAAGAUUACCGUAUUUCCUUGAAUUGCCACAGGGCAUAUAGUAUGCGCCUGCCUUGAAUUACUGCCGGGUCAAACUCGCUUCCCAAAAUAAUUAGCGCAUGUUUAGUAUUACCACCUGGUCAAACUCGUGACGUCACGAGUGACACUUCCCCUGUCAUCAUUUUCAAAGUGGAGGAAGCUGAUUUCAAUACCGGUAAUUUGAAAUCGCAUAAAGGGAAGAAGAUUAAGAGCUAUUCUGUAGGAUUUAAGGUCCAACCUUACAUCACACUCAAAUUUUUACUGCAUGCCUUUGGUAAGUGCCAGAGUGAGAAGAGGUUUUAAAUGAAUUAGCGCAUGCUUACUUUUUCCGCAUGCCUUUGGUAAGCGAAGGAGUGAGAAGAGGUUUUAAAUGACUUAGCGCCCCGGCGGCAAUUCAAGGAAAUACAGUACAUUUUUGUUGUUAUAUUUUGCAUUGUUUUUCUUUCCCGUCUAACCCUCUUACUCCUUCCCCGUCGUCCAUUUCUUUGGUUUCCGGCCUCCCCUGUGGACAUGCUCCCACAUGCCGCCCUUCCCCUCCUCGUCGGCGUGUUCCCCUGUGCGUAUUUAUGCAUCGUGACUUGUGUGAAAUGUGGCGGCGUUAUAUGCCCGCGUCGUACUUGACCCUGGAUACCUCGCAGAGUUGAAGAAAGGUUGCAGGUGGAAGGGGAACCAGCAAAAGUAUCCUUGAAGCAGACUGCGUACCCCUUGUUGUAGCAUCCGGAGGCCCCUGAGGGCGGUGCCAUGAAGGCUUGGACUCCGCUGUGUAUAUAUGAUGGUGUGUACAUAUACAUUCUAAUCUCCAAGUGUUUUACGGAUUGGGUGAAAGCGCUCAAAUCUUCCAAUGGUGCCGUCCCCCUUGACAGGAAUUCUGCCAGCACCUGUUAGCGCUCAAACGCAAUGUUUAUAUUUGCUGAGUCAGGGCUUUACGCAGCAGCACUUGAGCCAUCCUCCCACUUUCUCAUCAUGUCUGUUGGAGAGAAGAAAAAAACAUAUUUUUUAUUUCCUCUUUUUUUUUUUUUAAACCAACCGAACUGCAAAGCGUUUGAAUUGAAAUAGUGUAGAAAAUGUGGAGAAGUUUUUCGGCGUGGUCACAACCACUCGCUCCUACGACACACACGUCUGCAGUCAAACCACUAAAUAUCCCCGUCACCUCCUUUCCUUUAGCCCUGGAAAAACAAACAACAACAAAAAAAAGCCUUCUGACCUUUGAACUUUGUCCCGUAUUAAUAAUCUUCUCAACUUGAUGUCCGUGGAUGUUUUUUCCUGUGUUGUCUUUUUUGCAACUGUAAUCUAGUUUGUAUAAGAAAUGGUGCGCAUGUAAAUAAAGCUUGGUGAGGCUCUG